GGGGGAAUCGCGUCGAAUACACAAAUUGUACAAAUGUCAUAAAUCAACGACUCCACAACCAUGCAUCGAAGGCGGAGCGGCUGGUAUACACGCGGUGAUGUGUGAUGGGCACUGCUCGCUGUCUGCUCUAUGAAAACUCUAUCACCUCCCGAUGCUGGGAGAUGAGGGACGGGAUUCUCCAGGGGAUCUGGAAGUGGAUUGGUGCAUACAGCUGGGGUGACUAAAUGAUGUCUGACUUCUUAAUGUUUGGAACAGGUACAACCAUGUACAUUGUAUACAGCAUUAGUCUACUUAGUCGCAGUCGCCUUCAAGCUUACGGGACGUGGUUGUAACGAGGCCACUCUAUUGCACCUACACAAGCUGAUGCCAUUUCGGAUUCUGUCCUAGUGCUCAAUAGUCCGAGACAUGCAGCCGUAUCAGCGUAGCGGGACGAAGUCGGCGUAAAUUAAGGGGAGCAUGCUGUGCUGCUACGUCAUUCGCUCACAUCACCAUAUGGUCGGCGGGGAUGUCUCCGUAACUCUGACUAAAAAGAAAAGUGCGUGAAAGAUAUUAUAAUAAAACCACUGGUCAUCGCCGUCUGCAUAUGACUUAAACGGAGGCACGGCAGGGGUAAAUUGAGGAAUUCGAUUGGUUGAUGUAGUUGCUGGACACAGAGUAUAAAAAUCAUUGCAUCUUGAGCUGCAAUCCUUCUGGUGACAUUUUGCUGUGCCAACUGGUGGAACAAUAUAUAGAGAAUAUACACCACGCGGGUACCAGUUGUUGGCAAUCAGUGUCUUCCUCGUUUCUGGCCACAUGUUAGUCGUGUGACUGAGCGCUGUUGGAACUUAACCGUCACGUCUAAACCCUGCCGGUGACGACGGGAGCUGCGUGGAGCAGGGGUCGGCUGGCCCUCCAGUCACGGUAGUGGGAACUGCACGGCACUCACACGCCUUGCUUUUUCUGCAAUUACACUCUCCAACAAGCGGUGAGCCAUCAUGGGACUUCCUCGUCCCAGUUUCGCCUUGGUCGCCCUCGUGCUUGCUCUCGUCAGCUUGGAAGGUGCCGGUGCAAAGUUCUCCCCGACGAGCGCCAUGCUGGAGCUUGAAAUCAUCAAGGAGCACUCACCCUCGCUCUUGCGUAACCUGUGCUGUGAAGACAGAGAUCAAAUCUACGAUUGCAUCAUUAGAGCAUGGGGCUCGAUAGGUGGAGGCAUCCAUGAAUGCUGCAGCUACCUAAGGGGUGAGCAAAUUACAAAUGAGGAGCUAGCGGCCGCUUGGCUACGGGAACUAGAUUACCUGUCGGUUGAGACAGCGUAUGCUGGAUCAAACUUCAAUUGGAACUUCCAGACUAACAUGACGGCUCAGAACUCUCUGUAUACCAAGAAUUCCACGAUGCUUAUAGGGGAUUUUUCCUUAGAGAUGAAGAACCAAGCUCGUCAAUUCGAUACGUCCAUGUUCCAGGACCCCUCUAUUAAGCGUCAGUUUAUGCUGCUGUUGAGAGGAGGUUACUUGAACGACAGAGCAAAACGCGAAAACAUGACUAGGAUUGCGAACGAAAUGGAGAACAUUUACGGCAAGGGCACAGUGUGCCGGGAGAACGGGGAAUGUUUGACCCUGGAGCCGGACCUGGAGGACCUGAUGGCAAACAAGCGAGACUACGACGAACUGCUGUGGGCGUGGAAAGGGUGGCGCGAUGCAGUUGGUAGAAAGAUACGCCCCUUAUAUCCACAGUAUGUCGAGCUCAAGAAUGAAGGGGCGAGAACCAACUCUUAUGCCGACGAAAGCGAAGUGUGGCAGGAGAGAUACGAGAUGAGAGGCGACGCGUUUGAAGAAAUGCUGGGCGAUAUCUAUGACGCAGUCAAACCCAUGUACCAACAGUUACACGCCUACGUCCGCCGAAAACUAGCUGAGCGUUACGGCAAGGACAAAGUGGACACCAACGGCUUGAUACCGGCGCAUCUACUUGGCAACAUGUGGGGUCAACAGUGGAACAACAUUUACGAUCUGGUCAUCCCUUACCCCGACGUGCCAGACCUGGACGUGACCCAGGAGAUGCGUCGCCAAGGUUACACGGUCCACAAGAUGUUCAAGGUGGCGGAGAGGUUCUUCAAGUCCCUUGGCAUGGAUCCCAUGCCCGACUCCUUCUGGGAGAACUCCAUGCUGGAAAAACCCAAGGAUCGGGAGGUUGUCUGCCACGGAUCGGCUCACAAUUUCUUCAAGAACAGAGAAGUGAGGAUUAAGAUGUGCACUGAAAUCACGAUGGAGGACCUGUACACGGUGCAUCAUGAGAUGGGUCAUUGCGAAUACUACCUGCAGUACCACCGCCAGCCGGUGGUGUUCAGCAGCGGCGCCAAUCCGGGAUUUCACGAGGCGGUUGGGGAUACCAUCGCCCUGUCGGUGGUCACCCAGGACUACCUACACGAGAUCGGUCUGCUUGAUAAAGUGUCACGCAAUAAAGAGGCUGAUAUCAACUACCUCAUGAAAGUCGCCCUGAGCAAAAUCGCCUUCUUGCCGUUUGGGUUAAUGAUUGACAAAUGGCGAUGGGGUGUGUUCCGAGGUGAAAUCAAGCCGGAAUCGUACAAUGAAGCGUGGUGGAAACUGAGGGAAGAGUACCAGGGCCUGAAGCCACCUGUUGAACGGACUGAAGAGGACUUCGAUCCCGGCGCUAAAUACCACAUUCCCUCAGGAACUCCUUAUAUUCGCUACUUUAUCAGUUUUGUGAUACAGUUUCAGUUCCACCGAGCGAUGUGUGAGGAGAAAGGUCACGUGGGUCCAUUGCAUUUAUGUAAUAAUUACAACUCCAAGAGGGCAGGCCAGAAAUUACGUGACAUGCUGUCCCUUGGAAUCAGCGUGCCAUGGUGGGAGGCUCUUGAGGUUCUUACGGGCUCAGAAUUCAUCGAUCCAUCGGCCAUCCAAGAAUAUUUUGCACCUCUCAUCGAGUGGUUGAAAGAACAAAAUGGCGACAACGUGGGCUGGCAAAAACACCUGUGAACAUCCAAGAGUACAUGUACAUCCAUCAACUUGCCCGCGCCCAAAGAUCCCAGCAACAUAUUCGAGGAAUUCUUCACCGAAAGUGUUCAUCAUCUCAUCGAAUCCUCGUCAUGAGUAGCAUAACGGAGUGGUGUAGGGAGUGUCAUCUUUACAGAUCUUUCUCUGUUACCUGAAAUUUGUACAGGGGGCCGAAGAUUGCCGAAAAUUCAGCCUAAGUUGGUUUGCAAUAGGUUUUUGCCUAAGGGCAGUGGAUAUUCAGUUGUCGAUGUCAAAUUUAACUAAUAAAUGAUUGUUUUUGUCGGCCACAUGCGAAGUAACUUUUUUGGACUUAUAAAUUCUUACCGUGACAAAAUUAGUCUGGUUCUGCGCCAACGUUGUGCCUUUGUAGUUAUGAGGUGGGAAUCAGGCCACUUUACAAUUUCUGACUUUUUCCCUAGAAAAUUCCUCCAUAGCCACGAAUCAGAAAAAGAAUAUGCUUAAUUUUGGGAACAAAAACCCUACAGCUGGGGAUGGAACCUAGCAAGGAGAACAUCACGUUCACCGCUACAGACUCCACCUGCGACCUACUGGUUAUUUAAUUAAUUAUAACCAUUAUAGACUUUCUUGUGUGUAUGCUUCAAAGAGGGCGCUGCCCUGUUGUAGUCAGCUAAAUAUCCAUUGUCUUUGCGGCAACACGCACACGUGCCCUUAGUACUGCAGAACUACGGAGAUAUUUUAACAGUAGUAUUAUUUUUGGGGGGUUGCAUUAGAGUUUUAACUUUAUGUAAAAUUAUUUUUUUUGUCUUUACGAUUAUAACCAACCAUUAUUUGCCAACCACUGGUCCGCAGAACCUUACACCCGUAACGUAGCAAGAGAAAGGUCUGUUAGGAUGAUCGAUUGUUUAACCGAUUAACUGGCUUGAAAUAUAGGUUUAGGGGAGCUCUGUUUCA